GAGAAAUCAUCCUCUUACCAGGCUGCCUCGUGAGGAAAGCCUCAUGCUGUGAUGAGGACAUGGAGCAGAGACUUUUGUUUUGCCUGAGUUGAAGGUGUGCACGUGACAGGAGUAUGUGGCGUGUGCUGUGGCUGGCUGGAACCAGACCCCUUGAAGGACCCCCUCCAGGCUGUCCCAUGUCCCUCUUUAGUCAGGAGAUCAUUCUCUCUCAGCACCACUGCCUUCAUCCAAGGGCCUUUUAAGUUCAUGAGGAUUCCUGACACAGGUGAUCUGAUGAAUAAGUUUGAGGUCCUUGGUAUCGUAGGUGAAGGAGCCUAUGGCGUGGUCCUGAAGUGUCGACAUAAGGAGACAAAUGAAAUUGUGGCCAUUAAGAAGUUCAAGGACAGUGAAGAGAAUGAGGAGGUCAAGGAGACGACGCUCCGGGAGCUAAAGAUGCUCCGCACCCUAAAGCAGGAGAAUAUUGUGGAGCUUAAGGACGCUUUCCGCCGACGGGGGAAACUCUACUUGGUCUUUGAGUAUGUGGAGAAGAACAUGCUGGAAUUACUGGAGGACAUGCCUAAUGGAGCCUCACCGGAUAAAGUGAAAUCUUAUAUCUACCAGUUACUAAAAGCAAUCCACUGGUGCCACACCAAUGACAUUGUCCACCGGGACAUCAAGCCAGAGAAUUUGCUCAUCAGCUCAGAUGAUGUGCUUAAACUGUGUGAUUUUGGCUUUGCCCGUAAUCUCUCAGAGGUAAAUGACGUUAACUACACAGAGUAUGUGGCCACAAGAUGGUACCGCUCCCCAGAGCUCUUACUCGGGGCGCCGUAUGAUAAGGCAGUGGACAUGUGGUCGGUGGGCUGUAUUCUGGGGGAGCUCAGUGACGGCCAGCCCCUGUUCCCAGGCGAGAGCGAGAUUGACCAGCUCUUUACCAUUCAGAAAGUGUUGGGACCACUGCCUCCGGAACAGAUCAAACUGUUUUACGGCAACUCCCGUUUCCACGGGAUACGGUUUCCAUCAGUGAGUCAUCCUCAGACCCUUGAGAGGAGGUACCUGGGUAUCAUCAACAAUGUGAUGAUGGAUCUGAUGAAGAACUUGUUGCAGCUGAACCCAGCUGAGCGUUUUUUGACAGAGCAGAGUUUGAACCACCAUGCCUUUCAGACGCAGCGCCACUCUGAGUGCCCUAAUCCUGGGCCACCCACAUCCACACCCAUUCGCUUCUCCAAGAAGAAAUCACACCAUGACAAUACUGCCUCCAGCAGAAGCCAUGGAGGAAAGAUCUCAGGGCAUCACCAUAGCAACAGUCGUGACUGUGCCAGCUUGCCGCGCCACAAGGAUCUGCACCCAUCCAAUGCUGAGGCCUUCCUCAACGGUGUCAUGCCAACCUUGGCCACCCUCAGCCCGACACUGCACCCCAAGGGUUUCCAACCACAGACACUCAUCCGCUCAGCUUCCUGUGGCAAGGACUUGGCUAGCGCCAGUGGCAACCUGCCCCAUUUGCUCAAUCCGAUGGAGGCUAAUGCCAAAGUGGGUGACUUUGACUUCAGCCCCGGGCCAGGCAAAGCCUCUGACGGCCCUGGUGCCAAACAUCUAAAGUCCAGCUUCUCCCGCUCGCAGAACCGUCACUCGUUUGUGGAAGGCAAGACCAACACGCUGCAGCGCGAGCGUGGCAAACACAGUCGCCACGGUUACGGAGAGGUAUCUUCCUCCUUGGGUGGAAAGUUGUCCUACCUGAGCCUCUCCAAGAGCCAUGGAGCACUGACUGAUGCCAAGUCUGUGGGUAACCUCAAUGAGGCAGUUCAUCUACUCCCAGAUGAGCCCCAGUCUCCCUCCCGCUACCUCCCUGCUAGCUGUCUGGACCUUAGCUUCAGCAUGGCUGGUCCUGGCAGUCCGCGCUCAGGCCAUAGUCCUGUCACAGGUAGGCGAAUGAAGGAUGAAAGAGAGAGCGGCAUCCUCGGUUCAUCCGUACGGUGCUCCUCCUUACGACACAAGGGCAGACAGGAGAACAUGAAAAGCCCAGAUGGUGUGGACCCUGGUGGAGGGGGUGGGGGAGGAGGAGGGAGACAUGGGCAAUCUUUGUCUGCCCCUCGUGACCCUGCCCUCCCCUAUGACUUUGGCUACACCAGUCCCUUCUCCUCCCAGCAGCGGCCUCACCGCCACUCCAUGUAUGUGCGUCGGGAACGAAGCAGACCCCAUGACGGGGAGCCCGGGGGACUGACAGUUGGGCAGGGCAUGCCAGCCAGGGCCAGCAGUCUCCAGCUACUCUCCCCUCAGCUUCAGCAUCGUACCCUUCCCAGGCAUAUGGGCAGCUCCGCGUCGAGGGAUGAAGGCCCAAAUGACAUCAGAGGUGACUUGCCACCCUCAGAGGUAGCCCAUGCACGACCCCUCAUCAGAGAUUCCACGCGGGACAAUACUGCACCCUCCUUUCACACCCAGUGGCAAAAAACUGAGGUGGGCAUGUAUCAUGAGCAGCAUCCUGAGGAAGGCAGUUCAUCAAAGGAGAACAGGAUGAUCUACAGCGAAUCCAUGCCCCGCAAGGUGGGCAGUUUCUACCGAGUGCCAUCACCCAGACCAGACAAUUCCUACAAUGACAACGGAGACCAGAACAGAAACUCCUCGGUGAUGGAAGACAGCAGUAGCCACAGCAAACAUCAGACUACCUUUGACCCAUGGACGGAACCAGAGACAAUCGGCAUGACUGCACCAGAAGGCUCCAAACAAAAGGAGAAGCAGGGCUUCUUCAGAGCAAUAAAGAAGAAAAAGAAAAAAUCUCAUAAGGUCCCAAGUGAGAUGCCAGAUCACGUGGUCAUGCAGAAAUCUGUUCGGUCAUCUUCACAUUCACGCAGUCGGCACAGAGGUGCAGGUCAGGGGCGAGACCAGGUUGGGGAUCAGGAGUUGGACCUGGAAAUAGAGGUGGACAGGGAUGGAGAGUGGCCACCUGAGAAAAUAGAGGACACACACUGUCAGAUCCAACCUCUCAAGUCCUUGCGAAAACUCUUACACCUCUCAGCUUCGUCCUCUUCCCAGCAGACUGCGCUUCCUAAAGCGCAGUUCCAGCCCCGGCCCAACCCCGCCCCCUCCAAAGGCACCCCUUCUUUCUCCGAGGCUCGAGGCCGGCCUGGGGCGGGGGUCGGUUCUGCACAGCCAAAGGGUCGUCAGACCGUCUAUCCCAUCCCGGGACAGGUGGAAUCGGUCUGGCACUCGUCUGCCCUCGGCUAUACUCAGGGGAACCCAUACCAUGAUAAAAUGACCGCCAAGAGUGGCCAGAACAGCCAUGGUUUCGGUCGGCCAUCCCGUUCGCGAAUGCCAAACCUCAAUGACUUGAAAGAGACAGCUCUAUAA